GAAAAUUAUAAUAUAAAAAACCGCGAUAAAAUCCGUAAAAUAAUUUUAUUUCAACAAAUAUAAAAUUGUUUUUAUAAGUGAUUGACGUCAUAGUUGCCAAUGAAAAACUGUUUACGGAACAUUCCUCACUUUAUUUUUUGUUUAUAUUUUUCUUAUGCGGGCACGCGAAAGUGACGCUACUGCACCUGAUAAGCGAAGUGAAGUUCAGAUAGAAUGUCAACUGACACUGGUGUCCGGCGUGUUUGAACGGGAUAUAACCAGGCUAAUCCUCCCUCCCCUCCUACCCCUUCCUUAUUCCUUCCCCCUCCCCUCCCCCUUUGGCCCCUGCUGUCGUUAAGCCGGGUGAGCCCAGUAUCCCAUUCGCGGGGCUCAUUCGGUGUUGACAGCAGGAGUCCAAAAAAAAAAAAAACCAGGCUAAUCCAAAAAUCGGCACACUAACAUAGGCAACCAUAGUUUCUAUAGGCACCCAGGCAGUCAUGAAGGUCUAUUAUAGGCCUAACUAGCCCCUAGUGCCUGAGACUAAGUACUACUUACUCAAAAUCUAUGUUCAAUUCAUUUUCGUUGUAGAAUAUCCCGCAGCCUUGGCAAAUGUCAAGCAAUAAAAAAAAUAUUUUUAUAAAUUAUUAGCUUAAGAGAUUGCUCUCGAUCUUAUAAAAACUAGUUUCGAAUUGCAAUUUUCCAUUAUACGCGCGAAUUUUGUUGUGUUCGUGCAUAAUGUUUAUUAUUUUGUGUUGUAUUCUGUGUGUUCUAUCAACGUAUUUGUUAUUAAGGAAACGUCCAAAAUCAAUAUGUGAUCCCCCAUACCACUCGGGCGCUUUUCCAGUGAUUGGACAUGUUAAAAUGAUCGCCAUAAGUAGCACAGGGUUAUGGAAUGUACUGAAAGAUGUGUCACAAGAGUGCCACGAAGUCGAAGGUAUUGUGAAGGUGAAAAUGGGACCUUUGACUGCUUAUUUUCUGACGGAUCCAGACGACUGUACCAUGGCUUUGAAUGCGUGUAAUCAAAAACAUUACCUGAAUUCGUUCGCGAAGCCCUGGCUUGGCAGUGGCCUGUUGAUUGCACCUGUCGAGGUAUGGAAAGUUCAUCGCAAACUGCUGAACCCGAUCAUCAACCAGCAAGUCGUUAACAAGUUCAUCGGGGUGUUCAACAAGCAAGCCAGGAAACUGGCGGCCACUUUCGAUGCACAAGUUGGAAAAGGGCGUUUUGACCAUGAAAAACUUUUACUUAUUUCAAGCUUGGAAACUAUAUGUCAAACUGCUCUAGGAAUCGACGUCUGUGAUAAAAGCAAAGAUAAUGUGGAAUAUUUGAACGCUAUUGAUGAUCUGUUAAUCAUCUUCGUAAAGAGAUUCUCAAAGCUGUGGCUUCAUAGCAAAUACAUUUACAACAUGACCAGCCUGAAGAGGCAGCAAGAUAAGCUGUUGAAGAUUAUUCACAAUAUGUCUAAUACGGUUUUACAAGCAUAUAAAGCAAAAUUAGCAGCUGAAAAUGCAUACGCUACCAAUACUGAUGAAUCGUCAGAUGAAUUCAGACCGUUCGUCGACCACAUACUGAAAUUAUCAAUGGAAAAAGGAUCACUGACUGACGCCGAAAUUGUGGAUGAAUUGAACACUCUGAUAAUCACGGGCUAUGAUACGGUAGCUGAUACACUUUGCCACACGCUAAUGUUACUUGGCUCCUAUGCAGAGGUUCAGGAACGAGCGUACAAAGAGAUACAAGAUGUAUUUGGGAAUGAUUUCGAUAGAGAUGUAGAUAAACUGGACUUAUCAAAAUUAGUAUAUUUGGAAGCUGUAAUAAAAGAAUCAUUGAGGUAUAUUCCGACCGUACCGGUAGUCGCUAGAUAUACCGAAACUGAUAUUACACUAAAGAAAUACACAAUACCAGCCAAUAGCACUUUCUACGUGCUGGUGUGUGGCCUCCACUCGAACUCUGUGUGGGGCGUGGAUGCAGACAAGUUCAGACCAGAGAGAUGGCUCAACCGUGCCACGCUACCGCAGAACCCCAACGCUUUCGGAGUCUUUGGGAUUGGCAGACGAUCGUGUAUUGGUAAAAACUACGCUAUGAUGUCAAUGAAAACUACCAUUACUCACAUCCUGCGACGAUACAAAAUUACAUCGGACAUUAGCAAACUAGUUCUCAAGAUGGAAGCUCUGUUGAAGCCAGCAUCUGGACAACACAUAAGCUUAGAAAGGCGAAAAUAAAUUAUAAUUUUAUUUUAAAUAUCCGUUUACAUAAUUUUCCACAAACUAACUUUAAAACUCCUUGGUGAAAGAUUUGUCAUGGAAAAGAAACAAUUCCUUUACAUUUAUCAUUAUGACUCGGACUAUGCAUAAUCAAGUUGUAAUGUUGUAAAUAAAUUUCGUUCUGAGGAUUUCGUCACUCUUCAGGGGCAUUAUUCUCUAUCCCGCACGUUAUUUUAACCGUGCGUUACAAGCAUAACACAACGCAUCAUGUUUAGGACUAUAGAAAUUUGGCUUACAGAAUACCAUUCCACGCACAUUUCUCGAAGAUAACAUGACACGGCCGCGUUACGCGUUUACACUAUCAUACAGAAUAAGGGCCCAGGGCGUCUACUCGCGAAAUCGAUAUUCGAUAUAUCGUGACAUUUGUCGUGUCGAAGCCUACUCUGUGACAUCGUUUUUAGUAUCGUAACGAUCAUCAAACGAACGAAAGAGAUUCGACAUUAUCGAAUUUAAACCUACUCUUAAUGGUAACUGUCAGUGACGAAGAUUUGCAUUUCACAUCAUCGCAUCUGUCAUAUUUACGAUAUUUUUAUUCUCUUUGUUUACGAUAAGCACAAUGAGACCUCUUACGCCGUCGUCGGCAUUAUCGUAGCGUAAUGUAUUUAAGAUUGUGGAAUUAAUAACUGGUAAUUGGGUAUUUACGAUCAGUUCUAAUGCAAUUGCGAGGAUUUUUAUUCACCUUAGAAGCCCACGGGGACGGAAAUAUGGCCCGUCGCAAAAGGAAGCAGCAAAUAUGAGAACAUUUCAAUU